AUGUCUCACAGCUUAAUUGUAUCGAAUGUUCCUGUUCAUUUGAACAAUGCUACUUUGCAAAAAUAUUUGAGAGAAAAGGGCGUAGAAGGCGAUAUAGUAGCAUUUCCCGAUGAGUACCAUCACAUUAAUGAUGAUGCCAAAACCAAAACAUUGCAGUUAUUCACUAAAUCAGCCGAGAUGAAGGUCAACGCGGCAUCUAUUUUCCAGGAUGUUGACUGCUUGCACCAACUUGACGAGUUAGCAGCUGAAGAUAACAAGAAGGGAGGUGAUCACGGUUAUGCUUUAGGAUCUUCUGGCCAGGUCCAUGAUGCUGUUACGAAAAACCAAUUCAUUGUUGAGAAUUCUAAUGAUCUACCACCUGCUGGUGCUCAUUCUGCAAGAAGAAUUUCUGUCACCAUGAUAUAA